UUCCGCAUCAGGGCCUUUUUCACUGCCCGGUACACAAAUGCUGGUUGUCGCCGAGCAGUAGCAGCAGCGGCGGGCGGCUACGGGCAGGCCGCGCCGCAUUUCCUUCCCGUCAAGCCCCCUCCCCUACUGGCCGUGACGUCGGGGGAAUAGGAGCACCCGAUUGGUGGCGCUCCCUAUCAAUUUCAGUUUAUUCCCGCUGCGCUCGCUGCAAACUGCCGGCGGUGGGCGGGAGCUCGUUGAGAAUGCAAUAAGGUCAUUUGAAUUACGCCAGCUAAAAGGUUUCAUCUGUCACAAUGAAGCUGGCCAUCUUAUCGCGGGUCGGCAUAACGAGCGGAUGAUGCUCGCAGGGUCGAAGUCGACACGCUCAGGCGGGCCAAUCGGAGCAGAGACGCGGUGGUCUUAACGACGACAAAAGGGAAGGCGAUCCCCGGGUGCCCGUGUCAGUUCCUGUGCGUCUCUUAGCGCCGCUAUCAAGCUGAGCCAAGCGGCCAGCGGGCUGGCCUGCGGCCGCAUACAAUUGGAUCAAGGGGCUUGGCGCCCGGGAGGUCUCCUUUUUUUUUGCACAUUACGUGCCGUGACUGAUUCAGGAUGCUGCGUUUAGCGUGUUGCACGGCCCUGCUGUUCGUCUUGAGGCUGCUGAUGAACCUGCCCUGGUUCCAGGUCCUGCCCGCCAUCCUGAUAUUCUACCUGGGAAGUGGAGGAUGGCGGUUUCUGCGGAUUUUUGUGAAAACGAUAGGCAGAGACUUGCACGCAGCAUCAGUGCUGUUGCGGGUCAAGAUGAACGUCAAACGCCACCUGCGGGAGAAGAACACGAUUCCCGCCAUCUUCGCCGAAACUGUGCGGCGUCAUGCGGACAAGACGGCGCUGAUCUUCGAAGGCACAGGCGAAACGUGGACCUUCCGACAGUUAGACGAGUACUCCAACAAAGUGGGCAACCUGCUUCUUCAGCGUGGCUUUAAAGAGGGCGACGUGGUGGCCAUUUUCAUGGAGAACAGGUCCCAGUAUGUGGGUCUUUGGCUUGGCAUGGCCAAGAUUGGAGUGGAGGCGGCGCUCAUCAACUUCAAUUUGAGACUCGAGGCCUUGGUGCACUGCGUAACCAUUUCCAACUCCAAAGCUGUGGUCUUUGGAUCCGAAUUGACUGAUGCUGUGUCCGAGGUCCACAUGUCAAUGGGGAAGACAGUGCAGAUGUUUUGUUCUGGGGACUGGGACCCCAAACGGGUACCGCAGGGUACCGAGUGCCUCGAGCCGCUGCUUGCUGCCGCUCCUUCGCACCUGCCCAGUCAACCGCAACGCUGCUUCACAGAUCGCCUCUUCUACAUUUACACCUCAGGAACCACCGGGAUGCCUAAAGCUGCCAUUGUUGUGCACAGCAGGUAUUACCGCAUGGCCGCUCUGGUCUACUACGGCUUCAGGAUGACACCAGACGACGUCUUGUAUGACUGCCUUCCGCUCUACCACUCUGCAGGUAACAUUGUGGGCAUGGGCCAGUGUAUAAUCCAUGGCAUGAGUGUCGUUAUCAGAAAGAAGUUUUCCGCCUCCCGUUUCUGGGACGACUGCGCCAAGUACAACUGCACUAUUGUACAGUACAUUGGUGAGAUAUGCCGCUAUCUGCUCAACCAGCCAGUCCGGGAGAUGGAAAAACAGCACUGUGUGCGCAUGGCGCUGGGGAACGGCCUCCGUCAGUCCAUAUGGGAGGAAUUCAUGAUGCGCUACAACAUUCCACAGAUUGCGGAAUUCUAUGGGGCAACAGAGUGCAACUGCAGUUUAGGAAACUUUGACAACAAGGUGGGGGCGUGCGGCUUCAACAGUCAGAUUCUACCUUUCAUCUACCCCAUCCGACUAGUGAGGGUGGACGAAGAGACCAUGGAGCUCAUCCGAGGGCCCGACGGUGUCUGCAUUCCCUGUAAACCCGGCGAGCCUGGUCAGCUGGUGGGCAGGAUCAUUCAGAACGACCCUCUACGGAGAUUUGAUGGCUACGUCAACCAAUCCGCAACCAGCAAGAAGAUCGCUCACAGCGUCUUUAAAAAGGGAGACAGUGCUUAUCUUUCUGGCGACGUGCUAAUCAUGGAUGAGUGCGGCCACAUGUACUUCAAGGACAGGACGGGAGACACCUUCCGCUGGAAAGGGGAGAACGUCUCGACCACUGAGGUGGAAGGGACACUCAGCAGGCUGCUGGACAUGAAAGACGUCGUGGUCUACGGGGUGGAAGUGCCCGGCGCAGAAGGGAAGGCAGGAAUGGCCGCCAUCGCUGAUCCUAAUCAUUCCUCCGACCUGGAGAAGUUCGUGAAGGAUCUGGACAAGGCUCUUCCUCCAUACGCCAGGCCGAUCUUCCUCCGCUUUCUUCCAGAAGUCAACAAGACGGGAACGUUUAAGUUCCAGAAGACGGAGCUUCGUCGAGAUGGCUUUGACCCCAGAGUGGUGUUGGACAGACUGUUCUUCCUCGAUUCCAGCAGAGGGCGCUACGUGCAUCUAGACGAGGAGCUGUACCGCUCCAUACUUUCAGGGAAACAUAAAUUGUGAUAGCGGAGCUUCCUUCCGUAUCUCCACCUAUAUGUGUACACACGCUCACACACAAAUGAAGAGGUAUUGUGUGAUCAAGAUGGAAAGUUGCAGCAAAUGAAAUAGCCACACACAUUGCCACACGCCCGAAGUUACUUUUUGGAUUGCUACCACACACAUGCAGCAGCGCUCCCUUUCAUCCCUGCUCAAGUCCCCCUGGCAACCCCUCAGGCUACCUCAGUUAACACACACACACACACAGCGCCAUUAACCCAGUCACCAGAUAUCUCUGGUAACUUGAAACCAAGCGUCACAACCACUAUGAGUCUGCGUUGGACCGUGAAGGCGUUGGAAGCUCCCCAGGACCGCCCAAAAAGUUACCAGGAACCACACAGAGUUGAAGGAUGCUGAGGAGGACUGUGGCCCAGAGAAGCUGCACCUUUUCUUUGUUUGUGUCUUUGACUUUGUCUGGCAAAGAAAUUUCAGCUGCACUAGCCAACAGCGGCAAAGCUCUUGGAGCGCACAGCCCGUGCGGCCUCGUCGCAGACGACAUGUGGCAAAGACAUCGAGUGUUGGAGGGCCGCUCGUCUUGGGGAAAAAAAAAAAACACCCAACAGGAGCUGAUGUGAAUCAAAGCUUUCAAUUUGAACGUGUCGCACCAAAUAUAUUUAGUUUGUUUACAUAUUUAUGGAAACAUGGAAGUUAUUUAUGUUUGUCAUAGCCAUGAAAACAUCCUUUUUUUUUU